AGCCAUUUUGGUUCCACGGGGUGCCUGUUCAGACCGCUGAUGUUCAAGCCAUGGUGGUGCCAGAUUGCUUUGGAUGCUGGACACCAGGCUGGGAUCACGACAUGGUGAUUCUCAUUUCGAGGCGGCCAUACAGAAUUGUGGAAGGACAAAGCAGUGGAGCGCAGCUUUGCAACUCUUCAGCGAAUCGUAUCGACUACGUUCGUCAGACAGCCCAUGCUACUACAUUGCAACUAUCGGCGCAUGCAGUAAAAGUAGCCAGUGGCAGCGGGCUCUGGCGCUCCUCGGCGAGCUGUGGGCGGCGAUGCUAGAGCCCACCGUCAUCUCGGGUACAACGCUGGAAUCAGCGCGUGUGAGAAGGGCAGGCAGUGGCAGCGGGCUUUGGCGUUGCUCAGCGAGAUGUGGACUUCGAAGUUGGAGCCCAGCGUCACCUUCAGCUACAGCGCUAGUAUCAGCGCGUGCGAGAAGGGCGAGCAGUGGCAGCGGGCCAUGGCGCUGCUCGGCGAGAUGUUGGAGGCCAAGCUGGAGCCUAACGUCAGCCCUAGUCAGCUACAACGCUGGGAUAAGCGCGUGCGGGAAGGGCGAACAGUGGCAGUGGGGUUUGGCGCUGCUCGGCGAGAUGCGGGAGGCGACGUUGCAGCCCAGCGUCAUCUCUCCUACAUGCGCUGGUAUCAGCGCGUGCGAAAAAGGCGAGCAGUGGCAGCGGGCUCUGGUGCUGCUCGGCGAGAUGUGGGAGGCGAAGCUGGAGCCCAACGUGAUUAGCUACAACGCUGGGAUCAGCGCGUGUGCUAAGGGCGAGCAGUGGCAGCGGGCUCUGGCGCUGCUCGGCGAGAUAUCGGAUGCGAAGUUGGAUCCCAGCAUCACCAGCUACAACGCUGGGAUCAGCGCGUGCGAGAAGGGCAAACAGUGGCAGCGGGCUUUGGCGCUGCUCGGCGAGAUGUGGGAGGCGAAGUUUGAGCCCAACGUCGUUAGCUUCAGCGCUGGGAUCAGCGCCUGCGAGAAAGGCGAGCAGUGGCAUCUGGCUUUGGCACUCCUCGGCAAGAUUUGGGAGGCGAGGCUGGAGCCCAACGUCAUUUAUCCUACAGCGCGGGGAUCAGCGCGUGCGAGAAGUGCGAUCAGUGGCAGCGGGC